AUGGCACCAAAGCUUUUCUCGAAAAUUUUCAAGCGCAAAAAAGAACCACCCCCCAAGUUCAACUUGAAAGAAUGGUCUCCACUUGCAAUAGGAAUUUCAGAUUCCACCUGUGAGAUCAACGGCGACAUAUUCAAUAGAUGGAAGCUUCCAAUCCCGUCACCAGAGCAGCGCGUAUGCAAGAUUGGCGCUCGAGAGCGCAACUCGCAAAAACAGAGCAUCUUCUUUGGGUUACCUGUUGAGAUAAGGAGGCUUAUAUACAUUGAGCUUAUGGGUAAUCGACGAGUACACACUCGACACGUAUGGAAGAAGCCAUCGCCAUUUAGGCCGCAGCCAAUACAAGGCGGAGCCCGUUGGGAUUGGUGGCAUUGUGUCUGUAACAAAUCAAACAGCUUCCCUGAGGACCCUGAUUUUGACCACUGUCGGAACUGGGAAUAUGAGGUGGAUCUAAACGUGAGAAAUCCGAAAAUUAACGGCGUGGAGUGGCUUGGGAGCUGUCAAAUCGGUUAUGAAGAAGCAUUAGAGAUUCUCUACAAGACAAAUGUCUUUGUGAUGGACAGGGCCCUGGACACGCCUUUCCUGAUGUCGAGACUAAUGUCGCCACGUUGUGCCUCUUAUAUAACAUUGAUGGAUAUCUCUUUCCCUGUUGGUGUUGGUGGCCCUGGGUACAAUGAAAAUGAUUGGAAGUCGACAUAUACCGCAUUUUUCGAUUUGUUUGGGGAGACUUUCCACGGUGUGCAUCGCCUACGCUUGCAACUUCAAAUGCCGCCGUGGGAGGCUUUCAGCGAGGAUUUCAAGGAGCAAUGGAUGGACAUACUUCUCGGGCCAUUUGAUAGACUUUCAAAAGGUCGAGAGUGGACUCAACUGCAGCUUUGCGUUCCAUACAACUGGCACGAACACUUCGAGAAAUUCAAAGAAUCAAUGCCAUGUCAAGCCAAGUGGGAGCUCUCUGAGACUAUGUGGUCUCAGCAAUGGGAUAUUCAUUGUGUUGGAAUGAGUUAA